CUUAGUAAACAGGACAAUCUACCUCCCAUUUAUAAACGCAACGGACCAAGGUUUUUCUGGUUGGAUUUCGUGGCUCUUGGUGCCAAAGAUUCCUUCUUUUUGAACACCCAGCUGUUUGUUUCUUUCAUUUCAAAAUCCAAUUUUGCUCCUCUGUUUCUCCUUGAUUUUGGUUUUGAGCCACCCUUGUCUCUUUCCUCCCGUCUCCAGUCCGUUGAGGUUAGCUUGUGGAUGCAUUUGACCAUUUGGCAUUUGGUUCUCUUCUUGUGGUCCUCCUUUGGGUCUUAUGUGAGUCGAGUCGUUCAAGCUCCAGGCCUUCAGCUUUUUAUGGUCUUCCUUAAAUGCUCUUGGAUACCUAGGAAACACAUUCAAGCCCAGAUGAACAACCCUCUCUCUCUCUCUCUCUGUCUCUCUCUCACACACCCAGAUGAAUGCCUUUAAUGGAGUUUCCUCUAUAUAAAUGGAAGGAGCGAAGAGAUAUGGAGUUUUGAGUCAGAUGAGUAAAAGCCACUGGAGAGAAGGAAAAGGGGAGAAGAAUAAGGGAGACAAGAUGCCGGCAGUUUGGUUUGCUCUCAAGAAGUCUCUCCACUGCAAAUCUGAGCCUUCUGAUGUCUAUGAGCCAAAGGCCAAGGGGCACCUGAGCACCAUUUUAACUAGGAAACCAUGCAGGUCAGGGUGCUCCAGAUCCAUAGCCAACCUCAAAGAUGUCAUCCAUGGGCAAAGAAGGCACCAUGAGAGACCAGCAAGCUGCAGCCCAAGGUCCAUUGGGAGCAGUGAGUUCCUGAACCCAAUAACCCAUGAGGUGGUCCUCAGUGACUCCAGGUGUGAGCUCAAGAUAACAGGGCUCGGGGGUGGUGGUGGUGGCCCUGAGGGUGGUUCAGUGGUGGGCUCCACCUAUGUGGGCACCCUGAGGCCAGGGACACCAGGCCCCGGGGGAGGGCACCAUGCCCUGAACUAUAGCUCUUCUUCUCCCUUGAGGGGCAGCACCCCUCCAAGGAGGGCCCUUGGCGCGCCUGUCAAUAGGGAGGGCCAUACCAUGGGGGGCUCCUCUCUUCAUGAUGCUGUUUUUGGGAAUGGUGGAGGAGGCUCUCUUUUCUCUUCAGCACCAAGGGCUUCUCAUAAUGUUGGUUCGCAUGGGCCUUCUGCUACCAUAACCUGCCAUAGAUGUGGGGAGCAGUUUGGGAAGUCGGAGGCCUUGGAGGCACAUCAUCUCUCCAGGCAUGCAGUUACUGAACUAGUCGAAGGGGACUCAUCUCGAAAGAUUGUAGAGAUAAUAUGCAAAGCAAGCUUGUUGAAGCCCGAGAGCGGUUGUGGACGAAUAGAACGGGUCUUAAAGGUCCACAGCGUGCAAAGGACUCUUGCCCGAUUUGAAGAGUAUCGAGAGAUGGUAAAGAUAAAAGCCAACAAACUUCCUAAGAAGCAUCCCCGUUGCCUAGCUGAUGGCAACGAACUGUUAAGGUUCUAUGGCACCACAGUUUCCUGUUCUCUGGGCAUGAAUGGCUCUUCAAACCUUUGCACAUCAGAGAGGUGCAAUGUUUGCCGUAUCAUAAGACAUGGGUUUUCCACAAAGAAGGAACUGAAGGGUGGCAUAGGAGUAUUCACAACUUCGACUAGUGGGAGAGCACUGGAAUCUAUUGAGGUAUUUGAAGAUAACCCUUCUAGCAGAAAAGCUUUGCUGGUUUGUAGAGUGAUCGCAGGGAGGGUUCAUAAGCCAAUGGAUAACCUCCAAGAUUUGGCUAGUCAGCCAGGGUUUGACUCUGUGGCUGGGAAAGUUGGUUUGUAUGCAAAUAUUGAGGAGCUCUACCUGCUUAACCCACGAGCUCUUCUACCAUGCUUUGUGGUAAUCUGUAAACACUGAAGAAAGUUAAACUGGUAUUUCUGGCAGCACUUCUGAAUUUAUAGCAAAUGUCUUAACUACCGUACAACAUAUUGUUUGAGAGAUUUUGAGUUCAGGUUGUCAAGGAAUUUUAAUCUCAUGUCCUUAUCCAAUUGCCAACUGAGUACAGACGUCAGUUCUAAUGCCUUAUGUCUGAUGUCCAAGCAUAAACAAUAUUUCAUCACAUAACUUUUUUUU